AUGUACAACUACGACACCGAUAAUGAGCUACAUAAUAGAAUGCGGGAAAAUCCACAGCGGCACCAAAAUGUAGUUCACAAAUUACAAAAAAUGCUCCGUCAAUUUAAUCCUUUUGUAAUUAGGUUCAAGCAAUUGUCAUUGCUUCCAAAUAUCAGUGAAUGCAGUCUCAUACUUAAGGAGCGUCCAAAUUCUAUGGAAUAUGGAAGGGAUAUUAGUGUCAUUCGUCAUGAUGGAAAUCUCAAGAAAGUUCAAGAGACAAAGGGAUAUUAUGAUCCUUUACAAUACCAUAUAUUUUACAUGCUUCAGAUUCGCCCAAAUGAUCAAUCAAAGUUGUUAAAUGCGGGUCGACUAUUGCAACAAUAUGUUGUAGACAAUUAUAUCAAAAUUGAAUCAUGGAGGUUAAAGUGGAUUAAAGAGCACCAAAGUGAUAUAAGUGAUGAAUUGUACCAAGGUAGAGAUAGGUCUGUCGAUAAUAGAUGGGUGGUUCCUUAUAACCCUUGGUUACUGUUAAAGUAUGAUUAUCACAUUAAUGUAGAGAUUUGCAGUAGCAUUAAAAGUAAUAAGUAUCUAUACAAAUAUGUGUACAAGGGCCCUGAUCGUGUGGCUAUGGAGGUUCAUAAAGGAUCAUACAUGGAUGAAGUUCAACAAUAUGUUGAUGCAAGAUGGAUUUGUGCUCCCGAGGCAUUAUGGAAAAUAUUUCGAUUCACUCUUUACAGAUUAUAUUUUUUGGUUAAAAGAUUGCAGAUCCACUUGCUGAACCGCCAUCAAGUGCGCUUUUAUGAUCAUCAACGAAUUACAGAUGUGUUAAAUACUUAA